AUGAGUGCAUACAACGACUCUUGGAAGACGCAGAGGAAGAACAUCACCAAGAUUGCCAGCACCAACACUUCUAUAGCCGUAUUUGACCGUGCGCAAGAAGCCGAGGCUGUCCGCUUCUUACUCAACGUCUUAGAUGCCCCAAAGAAGCUUUUCGAUCACAUUCGAAAGGAGGCUGGUAGCGUCAUCCUCAAGAUCACCUACGGUUACAAUACCGUUCCGCGCGGUAAUGAUCCGUUCGUUGACCUGGCUACCAAGACUAUGGUGCAAUUUGCUGAUGCUACGACGCCUGGUCGAUGGAUGGUCGAUAUCUUGCCUUUCUUGAGAUAUUUUCCAGAGUGGGUCCCGGGAACAGGCUUUAAAGAUACAGCCAGGCGGAUGGCUGUUCAGUUGGCGCAAUGUACUAAUCAGCCUUAUCAAUUCGUUAAACAGCAGAUGCGAGAGAAGAGACACAAGACAUCAUUCCUCUCUCAGUGCAUCGAAGAUAUUGGGAGUGACACGGAACAGGAAUUCGAACACAAGUGGGCCGCGCUCGCUCUGUACCUUGGUGGUGCUGAUACGACCGUCUCCGCCCUGAUGACAUUCUUCUUGGCUAUGACUAUAUUUCCCGAGGUACAAAAGAAGGCACAAGAGGAGCUCGAUCGCGUGAUUGGUUCUAGCCGCCUCCCCAUAAGCUCUGACAAGUCUGCCCUACCCUACAUCGAAGCGUGCAUGCUCGAAACUCACCGCUGGCACCAAGUCCUCCCUAUGUGUCUUCCACAUAUGUCCACCGAAGAGGAUGUCUGUCGCGGCUACCGAAUCCCUAAAGGUGCGAUACUUCUGCCAAAUAAUUGGCACUUCACGCAUGACCCAGCUGUCUAUCCUGAUCCAAUCACCUUUCGUCCUGAACGUUUCAUCACUACAUCCACUCAUAAGGCAGAGACGGACCCUCGCAACUUCAUCUUCGGAUAUGGAAGGAGAGUCUGCCCGGGUAGGUAUGUGGCUGAUCAAGCACUUUUCAUCACGAUCGCGCAGAGCCUGGCUGUGUUCGACGUGCGGAAGGUCAUUGAGGGCGGGGAGGAGGUGCAGCCUAAGGUGGAGUUUGAACCCGGAGCUAUUAGUCAUCCAAUGCCUUUCGAUUGCAAUAUUAGACCAAGGUCUGAGGAACAUGAGCACCUGAUUAGGUCGGUGGAAAAAGAAUACCCUCGGGAGAAGAGCGAUGCAAAAGAGCUGGAAGAUAUCGAAUGGUAG